AUGCAUCCUUCUCGACAAGCCCUCCUCGGCGGAGGCAACAACCGCAACCCUCCCAACUCUUACGACUCUCCACCUCAUCUUCGCUUACAAAACCCCAGCUACGGUUCCCGACAAGCCACAUUCAACUACGGCGGGCCUGGUCCUGAUAGCGGUGGAACAUUGGGAAGCAGUACCAAUUCGAUCCCCUUGGCUGGGAGGGGGAGGUGGGGUCAAUCCAGGUUAAACGCCGGGGUCGAUCUCAACGUCUCGUUUGCCGAUCAGGGGGAGGAGAAGAGAAAGGAGAACCAGAGGACCGAGCCGCAGAAGAGACAAGGGUGGGGAGAACGAUCAGGAGGAGCGGUCGGAUCGGCAUCUGAUGGGAAUUGGAGGCGUGCGAGCAAGGUCGAAGGAGGUGAGACCGCUGCUAGCGGUGGAGACCAGGGUGACAUUUGGGGAACGAUCCCGACGACAAAGCCGGCGGAGGAGAAGGACGAUUCGGGAUGGGGAAAGCCGGUGCAGACAGAGUCCGGGUGGGAUCAGACGAACCAGGUUCAGGAUCAGAAUCCAGACGAACCGUCUCCAGGCGGAUGGGGAACGAACGAUAAUCCCCAGAGCGAUCAUCAAAGAGCUACAUCGACCGGAUGGGACGUCCCUCCUCCGACCGAUCCAUCUCGACCUCGAUCGAACGCCUCUUCUUCCAAGUCUCACAAGGCGUCGGCGAGAUCUCAAGCUCAGUCCCACGCUCAACAGCCGUUCCCUCAACCCAACUUCCAACCGCGAUCUCAACUCCACUCUCAGACUCAGGCCCCUCGUCAUCAACAACAUCAAUAUCAACCAUCUUACCAACAACAAUCUCAAUACCAACAACAACAACUCCGAUCGAACCAACCUUACCCCGAACCCGCAUACGUAGCACCUAUCAGAACUGAAAGUUCGGGGUGGUACGACUAUGCCACGCCUCCACCCCAGCUUUCCGGUUUCUCCGGUCUCCCUAACCAGACCCACAGCCAGCCUGGACAAGGAAUAGCGAGCGGAUGGAGAGCGCCAGCGCCAGCUUCGGUGCCGGCUUCGACGGGGUUACCGAUGUUGAGAGGAAGCAGGGCGAUCGAGAUCAAGGACCCUAAGCAGGUCAUCACCUCUCCUUCUGUUUCUGGCUGGAACACCCCUGCUCCCGAACAACAUCAACAUCUAGAUCAAACUCAGACCUUCCAACAAUCGACCCAGACCCAACUUCCUCACAUCCACAACGAGCCUCAAGGAACAUCUUCCGACUGGGACACUCCGGCAACCAAUAUCCAAAGGUGGACCAGGUCGGUGGACCAGGCUUCAGCUUCUCGAGCCCCCGGUAGUGAGGACGAGGUCGAUGGGAUGGACGUCAGGGGUUCCGAUGUCGGUUGGGGAAGCGGAGGGAGCGAGAGUAGCGACAAGGAUAAAGAUCAGGAUCAGAAUAUGGGAGAGGCGGAGGAUGAUGGAUGGGGCACUGGGGCUAAGAAGGAAGAGAAGAAAGAGGAGGGUGACGGAUGGGGUGUUACGGCUGUUACAGGAGGGGCGGAGGUACAGGAUGACGGGUGGGGCAGACCAGUCCAGGUGCCGGAUAACGGUGGGUGGGGUGUUAGCAGUGGUGGGAAAGUUGGACAGGACGAUGGAUGGGGUAGACCGAAUCAAGCGUCAAGCCAUACGAAUGGCGGCUGGGGUCAACCUUCUACCGAUCGUCAAAGCACCGGCUGGGGUCAACCUUCCACCGAAACACAGACCACAGGCUGGGGUACCCCAGCUCCUCCGCAAAGGUCGACCUCCGGCAAAUCUCAUGCCGAUCGAGAGCGAGAGGGAGCAUCUUACCCGACCAGGUCUCCGAUGGAUGAGCGACAACAAUUAGGUCCGGCGGCCAAAGGGUUAAUUCAGCGUCAUCUAGGUGGAGGAGGGGUCGGCGGUGGUGCCGGUGGUAAGGCAGCGUCGGGAGGGAGAAAGAAGCCGGAGCGCCCACCCCCGAAGACGAACCCGUUCGAUGUGGCCGCGGGGGAUAUCUGGAGCUCUCUACCUGCCGUCGAUGAUGAUGAAGUGAUCAAACCCCCUAGCGAUUCUGAAUCCGAAUCCGACUCCCCUACUCACAAGCGCAUCGAGAUCCCAAAAACCUCUAUGCUGCCCAAGCCCGCUGAAGAGGAUGCGGAUAUCAAGUCCACCGCGGCCGAAGCGGCCGAUACCCCUAGCAGGAUGAGUCUCGCUUCAACUGACGACAAUGGGAGCAUCACCAUUCAUCCCCUGCAGGCGUCCGGAUAUCAAGCUGAAACCUCACUCAAAGAUGGUGCCAAUACUCAAUGGCCCGCGCCUCCUGCCGACAUGCUCAUCGAUUUUGACACGCCCGAGGAAUCCUUCUCUCCUCCUCACCAACAACAAAAACAACGACAAUCUUACGAUCAGACGACUUCACCAGCAUCAAUGAUGACCCGCAGCUCGACCUUGAUCGACAUGGACGACAUGCUCGAGCUCAAGACCCCCAUCACCUCGCCCGAUCGCAAGUGGAUCGGGCUUGAUGGCCAGAAAGACUCGAACGGGCUUGGACACCUGGCUCAGGCCAGGUCCUUCCAGAACGCUUUGGACUUGAGUCAGCUCUCUGGAAUGUUCGAGGGUGGAUAUCCUCGACACCACUAGCAUCGCGAUUGGGCAUCCUACCAGGACGGACAAGACGUUCCAGCAAGACGAUACAGCUCUUCCGAUUGAAUUGCGUCUUUUUUUGGGUAACAAGGUUUUGCCUUAGCAUCAUGUCAUAUUUACGCCAUACACAAUUAAAAAUCCGUUAACGAUAUACGAGAUCUCCUUGUACUGCUUCUUAUCAGCUAAACUAUGUCACAUGAUCGAUGUUCGCACUUUAUCGUUAUCCUUCGCGAACUGAUCCGACACUCGGGAUGACUCGGACGAGAGAUGCCAUUGUUG